AUGGCGCAGUCGGAAGAAUCGCCCGUGCGAUACCUGUCGCCGGAGAAAAACGGCAAAUUCUGCCGCUCGCGAGGCCUGUGUUGUCGAUCUGCAGAUGAUGACCCACCCCAACCAUUUGAGCCCGAAACCGGACGCUCAACGCAGUCGGCUUCGAGCCUGACCGAGGCCAUGGAACAAUCGACAGCUUCUUCCACCGCGAUGCAGCCGAUGUCGCUUCCGGGCUCAUCUUCGCCUGCUCGGGCUAGGUCGACUCAUCUUGCAGGUGCGGGUACAGGUGCAGGAGCUGCAGAUAUACUGUUACCACCGGCCCAGUGUAUCCCUGAAGAAGGACCAUGGACUCGGUCAGAGACGUCUCCUGCAACGAUCUCCUUAGACUCGCCUGCAUACGCAGUGACUACAAACAACCCUCUGAUCUACACAUUAGAAGACAACAAGAACCGCACAGCGCAUAACAUGGGUCUUUGCGCAGAGCAGGAUACAGAUCUCCUCGAGUCAUUCCGCUCAGUAAUCAUGAACGAACAAGACGGCGUAAGCGCCGAUAUAAUCCAGAUCGGCGUCGGAGAUCCUAAAAGGAGUAUCCCACCUGUCCACUUUAAUCUCCUGCAUGAUGAGUUCCAGCCCGCGGAUGAUCGUGCAAAGGCGCGCGCAUCAGAGACGAUCGAGACCAUGGUGGAUCCGCAUGGCCCAGCCCUUGUGUGUUUGUUUUUCCAGCAUGUUCACCCCGUUUACCACAUCGUUUCCAAAAACAGGUUUCUUCAGCUCUAUGCUGCAGAUAGGUUCCAGAUUCCCGCGUCGCUGCGUGGUGCCAUUUAUGGAAUAGGGUCUAUGUUUUGGCAGCAUUUGCCCAAACAGGCCAGUGGAGAAGAAAAAGGAACGUUGCAGUUUGAUCUGCAUGAUCUGUUUGAGGAAGCUCACUCUUCGCUACAGAGGGAAUUCCAUGCGCCCAAUCUGUGGAAACUUCAGGCUUGUCUCUUGUUGCUCUACGAGCGGCCCGCGGACAAUGCCACGAUCGAAACACCGCGCACGUGGAUUCUCUCUGCUCAUACUGUGGCGUGUGCUCAGAUGAUUGGCUUACAUCGAGACUCAACAGACUGGAAUAUUGCACCUUGGGAGAAGAAACUUCGAAAGAGAUUGUGGUGGGCGACCUACAAUGCGGAUAUUUGGUCAUCAGUCUGCCAUGGUAACCCACCGCUAAUCUAUCCGGGUUCAUUCACAACUACAGAAUUAGAUGGUGAAUGUCUCGUCUUUGAUGAGGAUCUCCCUGUGGAGUUCCAUCAUUUAGUUGAUAACUCUAGCAAGGGAGUUGAUGUUUCCACCGGGGCUCGUUUUGAGCAGAUGAUUAAACUUGAUCGGAUACUGCAUAGGCUGAUUGACUCGUACUAUUCCGACGCUUGUCAUGCAGCUUCUAUGGCACAGCCUUUGAGGAGAGAAGAGGACCUGCUGGAUAUACACACUAAGCUGGAAGAAUGGGCUUCCAUGAUGCCACAGUGUACAACGAUGGCAUUCUCUCAGCAAUCACCCUCAUACAAUAAUAACGGUAUGGCAAGCAUGAAACCUUAUCCGGGCCACACAUUCUCAACUUACCCUCCAGCACCACUAAACCUCUCCUUCUUCGCCGUACAAGCCCUCCUCUACAGGGCUUUAAUGAGCCCCGCCAAAAUGUCCGCCAAAUCCGAACCAACCUCCUCCCUCCGCCGACACUUCCCACACGCAAUCACCUCCUUCCAAAAAUUCACGCAAUUCAUGUCAGGCAUUACGCAACCAUGUCUCAAAGCAUAUUGGGGUGGCCAUGCUCGAUCACAGUUAACCCUGUGCGGCAACUUUUUGAUCUAUCUUUUUCUGCUUGCGUCGACGCCGUCUCAGGUACAUGCUGCUUUUGGCCUUCUGGAGAGCUUUCAUGAGUCGCUGCAGAGACUGAGGGGGUGGGCGGAUGAUGAUGCGUCGUUGGCGCUUGUUCGACCUGUUGCGUUGAGGAUUGAUUCUUUCUUUAUUCAGGCUGCCAGGAUUAUGAGGACGGGGAUGGAGUCGCGCGUGCGUGUUGGGUCGGAUCUUGUGGCUUCGUAG